AUGGCAGCAGCAGACGCUCUCCCGGCCAUCACGCUGACGGAUCCCAACAACCUCGACCAAGCGCCUUCGCCCGCGCAGUCGCCGACGAAAGAGUCGAACUAUGGGGAUUUGAAUGCGUGGGUUAGGCCGGGGACGCCGAGCAGCAAUGCGAAGAGCGGGCAUGGCCGUACAGACUCAAGCGGCAACAGCGGCAGCGCAUGGCCGUCACCGGGUCGCCUCAUGCGGACUCUGUCCAACAACACACAAGCCCAGGCGCAGAAUACGACAGCAUCAAGCACAGCUGAGGGAAAUAGCAACAAUGCGGGCAGCAAACAGGAUGCCCCCGCCGCCCCGGCAAUCGAUCCAUUAUCACAGCUGACUGUAUCGCCACCAAUGCAGCAUAUUCUCCGAAGAACGAAUGCCCCUAUGAACUUGCCUGCCAAUUCUACGAACCCGCCGCGACCGCGAACGUCGGAUGCGAAUGGUGCAGCGAAGGAGGAGAAGCAGCAGUCGCAACAGCAACAGCAGCAGUCGCGAGAGCUGAACUCUGGAGAGCCCGUACAAGAGCCCAUUAGCAGAACCGAUACCCUCGAUAGCAUCUCCACACCCGCGAAAGAGCUGAAGAAAGGCGUCAAGGCUGUGUCUUUCCUGUCCCGACUCAUGGGCGCCAAGAAAAAGGACAUCGACGAAGACGCGGUGGAAGACGAUGACAGCAAUAGCGAAGAGCGGCCUGAGGGGAACGAUGCGGAGGUCUUCACGCAGAAAGUCGAGGAUGCGGAUAAUGAAGGGAUGGGAUUUCACCCGCGACAACCACAGCCUCCUGCGUAUAUCAAGGUGCGCGCGAAGUAUAAGAAGGAGAAGGAUUUCGAUCGAUUGUUCCUUGCGCAGGAGCUGAGUGGUAGCAAGAAGAGCAGAGUGCCGGGGGUGCAGAGGAAUGGGAGCACGAACAAGCUGAGGAGAAAGAGUUCGGCGGGACCACAAGAGGGCGAUCCAGUUUGGGCGAUGGAGUUCAGUCGCGAUGGAAAGUAUCUCGCUGCAGCGGGUGCCCAUAUGGUGGUGAGGGUGUGGGCUGUGCUUGGGAGCUCGGAUGAUCGCCAGCGACAUGAGAAGCAGGAAUCGAAAGAGAGUGAGGAGAGGGGCCUGGACGCACAUGUUGAGCAUCUACUCGCGCCUGUGUUCCAGAGCGAGCCGGUCAGGGAGUACGACGGUCAUUCAUCUACGGUGCUGGAUUUGAGCUGGAGCAAGAACAACUUCUUGCUGAGCUCUUCCAUGGACAAGACUGUGCGGCUAUGGCAUGUUUCGCGGAAAGAAUGCCUCUGCACAUUCAAGCACAAUGACUUCGUCCCCUCGAUCUCAUUCCACCCGAAAGACGACCGCUUCUUCCUGGCAGGAUCCCUCGAUUCGAAACUUCGACUAUGGAGUAUUCCUGACAAGAGCGUGGCGUUCGUCGCACAGGUCCCAGAUAUGAUCACUGCGGUGGCGUUCACGCCGGAUGGCAAGUUCGCCAUGGCGGGUUGUCUUUCCGGGUUAUGCAUGUUCUACGAAACGGAAGGUCUCAAAUACCAGACACAGAUCCAUGUCCGCUCCACGCGAGGUCAGAAUGCCAAGGGAAGCAAGAUCACGGGCAUUCAGGCGACGUAUGGUGCGAAUGGAGAUGUCAAGGUUCUCAUCACGAGCAAUGACUCUCGUGUCAGACUGUACAAUUUCCGGGAUAAGAGUCUGGAGGUCAAGUUCAAAGGCAACGAGAACAACUGCAGUCAGAUCCGCGCGGCUGUGAGCGAUUGUGGGCGGUACGUCGUCUGCGGAAGCGAGGACCGCAAGGCUUAUAUCUGGAGUUUUGGAGCGCCGUAUCAGGCUCAGCAGCAGGAGAAGGACUCUUCGGGCAAGAGGGACAAGACGCCCGUGGAGAUGUUCGGCGCACACGAUUCGAUCUGUACGAGUGUGGCGAUUGCGCCGGCGAAGACGAAGCUGCAAUUGAGCAAGAGCGAGGAUCCGAUUUAUGAUCUUUGCAAUCCUCCUCCUGUGACGCUGCUCAGUCAGGCGGAGAUCAAUGGCAGCCAGGCGAGUUCGCGACCACCGACAGAGGCGGGGAGUGUACAAGCUACGCCUCACGAGGCGUACCAUUUCGAGCGGCCUAGGGAGAGUGCGAGUUAUGCGGCAAGGGCACAGCAUCGUGGUGGGAAUAUCAUCGUGACGGCGGAUUUCACCGGCAGGAUCAAGGUCUUUCGACAGGAUUGUGCGUGGCAGAAGAGGUUCAAAGACGACACGGAUAAGGGCAGUCUUUUCCGUGCGAAGAGGGGCAGUCGAACUGGAUCCCUGGCUACGAGGAGAAGUGAGAGGAGUUUGCGCGAGGCUGCUGCUGUGGGCAGAACAUCUAUGAGCUCCGUCGCACCCAGCGAAAGGAUAUUGAACUGGAGACAAGGCAUCGCCAGCACACCCAGUAUAUCCGAUCGCGGACGAAAUCACAACGUAGCUGGAAGUCAGUCUUCCAAAGGUACAAACUCGCGAAGUCGAUCGCCUCGCAAGAGUCUCGAAGUUCGUGGGAGGAAAGAGGCGAGGACGUACCCGCCCAGCAAGAAAGACGCUCAUCAAGCGCCGAAACAUCCCCUUGCGAUUGAUAGUCUUGUGCGGAGUCCUUCACCUAUGGACCGACGCCAUGAAGAUGCCGAGAGCCAUCAUGCCCCGCCCACGCCGGAGAAGCUGGUGCAGCACAGGGAUACGGAUGAGAACCCCCUCGGCAUCCAAGGCGGCCGCAGCUACCUCUUCUGGGACGCGAAUGUCUGGAAAGGCCACGCGGAACGCAUGCAUCGCAUGGCGGAAGAACACGAACACGAUCCUCCACCCAAAUCCGUCUCUCCUUCGCCCUCGCGGUCUCCAUCGGCAAGUCGCGGGGACAUUACGAAGGCUUCCGUCGCUGGCGCACAGGAUGAUGGUGGCCAUUUGGCCGUGAAGCCUACGAGGCCUGGGUUGAGACAGGUUCCGACUUAUGUCAGUGCGCUGAGCGAUGAGGUUAGCUCGGGGGAGGAAGGGGAGUUUGAGGAGGCGAGGGAAGAUAUUGGGAGCAGGGGCCGGUGA